CACGAAAUCGUACUCUGCAUUGUCCUUGUUCGCGGACAAAUUUCGACAUUUUACCUCUUUUUAACUUUUCGGCCUAACCGGGCUUUCUUUCUUCCCGCCAGAAUAUACAACCAGAUCUAUAUUUUACUCAACUCCUAAUUCAGCUGUGAAGAGUCUGAAGACAGAAAUGGCGGCAUCCUCAAAGACGAUAAUGGACCUAUUCAAACAACCCGCUGCCAAGCGUCUCAAGCGAGUCUCUUCUCCUGCUCCUCCGACUUCGACUCCGACUCCGACGAAGCUCGCUGCUUUCUGCUCUUCAUCGUCCUCACCGAUCGACGGCGGUAAGCAUGAUCAAAACGACGUAGCUUCGUCAAAUCCCCACCCGAGUUUACUCGAACCAAGUUCUACUCCUCCUUCCAUUCUUACCGCCGAAGAGAAGUCCAGGAUCGAAUUCAACAAAGCCCUCGCCAGAGCCAGACGAAACCUUAAGCUCUGCUCCGACAAAAUUGCCAAAUGUGAGGAUGUAGGAUGUGUGAAGUUGGAGGAGCUGUUGGUUGAAGAAACCUGGCUGGGAAAGUUACCAGGGGAAUUUCAAAAGCCAUAUGCGAAAAAUCUGUUUAAAUUUGUGGAGAGUGAAAUUCAAAGGAGUGGUUUUCCAAUUUAUCCUCCGCAACAUCUGAUCUUUAAUGCUCUCAAUACUACUCCUUUCGAUCGAGUGAAAGUCGUUAUCAUUGGGCAGGAUCCAUAUCACGGACCUGGUCAGGCGAUGGGGCUCUCCUUCUCUGUGCCUGAAGGUGUUAAAGUCCCUUCGAGUCUGGUAAAUAUAUAUAAGGAGCUUCAGAAUGAUUUGGGCUGUUCAAUUCCUUCGCAUGGGAACUUGGAGAGAUGGGCUGUACAGGGGGUUCUACUGCUGAAUGCUGUUCUGACAGUUAAACAGAGCCAAGCAAAUUCCCAUGCAAACAAAGGUUGGGAGCAAUUUACUGAUGCAGUCAUCAGGACAAUUUCACAGGAGAAGAAAGGUGUUGUUUUUCUUCUCUGGGGUAAUUAUGCACAAGCAAAAGCCAGGUUGAUCGAUGAAACAAAGCAUCACAUUCUCAAGGCAGCCCAUCCAUCUGGUUUAUCUGCAAAUCGGGGCUUCUUUGGCUGCAGGCAUUUCUCUCGGACAAACCAGAUUUUGGAGAAAAUGGGAAUUUCUCCCAUUAUUUGGCAACUAUAGUGCAGAAGGCAAACUUCUGUUUCUGAACAUGAUUUUGCCUGCAGCUGGAAGUGAUCUUCUUGUGCUUAUGUGCAUAACAUAACAAGAUAAGUGAAAGAUUUAGUUAAUUAAUUGUAACUGUUAGUUCCAGUAAUUCAAAAGUGAUGAUUUUUGAGACCUUUUAAUUUUGCCGAGUGGGUCACAGACAGUGUGCACUCUAGCAUGUAGCAUUUAAUUAUGAUCACCUGGUGCUGGAACUCCUUUUGUACACCUUGUAGACACAUUAUUAAAGUUGCUGAAUUUAUCAUG